AAGCGAAAAGACAAUCAGAAUCAGAGCGGAUUUUUGAAACGAAGUGAAAUGUGUCGGUCAGUUAGCAAACAAGUUAUCAUCAGCUGACUACAACAACAUGGCGGCCUACAGAGCAACGGACGGGGCUUUAUAACUAAUGUUCACAGAAUGACUUAAUCUUGAACAGCAGACGGAUCGACAGCAUCAGUCUGGUUGUCCUCCUUUUGCUGUUCCUCCUCCUGUCAUGAAACCUCCUGCAGCCCUUUUCUCUCCGUCCCCUCAGAAGAAGAGGAGGAGGUCAGACAGUCUGGAAGAGUGUCCUCCAUCUGUUGACAUCGACACACCUGAGAGAGUGGAGAUGAAGAAGAAGAAAAAGAAGAAGAGAAAAAACAAGAGUGAGGAAGAAGAGCUCAGUCUUCCUCCUUCCGCUCCUAAUGGAGGUACGAGCAGUCAGAAGGUAGAGAAGAAGAAGAGAACGGAGGAGGAGGAGGAGGAGGAGGAGGAGGAGGAGGAGACACAGAUUCACAUAGAGAUGAAUGAGACAGAAAAGAAGAAGAAGAAAGACAAGAAGAAGCUGAGUGAGAAGAGGGAUGUGAUGGUAACAACAGACCACAACAGGGAAAUGCAUUCCUUGGUUUCCACAAAAACCACCAGCACUAGUAUGAAGAAGGAGAAAGAUGAAAGUAUUGGGAAAGCGAUGUCACAGGAAGGCCAGACUGUGGAAGAGAAGAAGAAAAGAAAACAGCAGUGGAAGGGAGAGAUGGUGAGAGAGAGGAUGAUGAUGAAAGGAGGAAAACGAGGUGUAAAGAGAAGGAGAAGAGAAGCUAUAGAUGCAGAUCCACUGUUGGAGGAACUUCAGGAGUUUAUUCCAGACAUCAAGAAUAAAUCAGAUGACCAGAUCAGUAAACUGCUGAGAUACGAUCUGCCACGCUUCAAGAACUUCAAACAGCAAGGUGUGCCUCUGCGUCACGGGCGGUGCUCCCAGGAGGAGAACCUGCUCAUCAGACAGAAUGUCGCAGACUUCCUGGCUCUGACCGGCAUCAGCUCAGCCAAUCAGCUUUUGUUUCCUGAGAGGUUCAAAGACCAGGAGGCGGAGAUCAAGAGGCUAAAAGCACAACAUCACUUCCUGCAGAGGAUUGCUGAGGGGAUUCCUCGGACAUGUCAGCAAGUUUACACAAGAGCCAAGAAGAUUUUUGACGAGAGGAACCACCUGGGAAGGUUCUCAGAGGAGGAGAUGCAUUCUCUGGUGAAGCUACAGAACCUCCAUGGGAACAACUGGAGGAUGAUCUCAGAGAAGAUGGGCCGCAGCGUCUUCGCUGUGCAGAAACGGUUCGUCAGCAUGGCUGCAUGUCGUGGUCCAUGGAGUUCGGAUGAGGAGUCCAAGUUAAAGCAGGCUGUGAAGACUCACCUGGAGGGUCUGGUCCGGCAGAGUUCUGAAGGUUCUGGUCUGAGCAGAGACCAGCUGUGUAACAACUUGCCUUGGAAGGAGAUCAGCCACCAGGUUGGGACCAGAUCCUGGAGCCAGUGCCGGCUUAAGUGGUUCACCAUCCUGAAGACAAGACUCUUUCAACAUGGCGGCAGCAGCCGAGGAGCUGAAGGACUUCAGUUUAAAAUCCACCUCAUCAACACGUUGUACAACAUGAGUGUGGACGACGUAGCGGACAUCAACUGGGAUGAGGUCGCUCAGACUGUCGGGAAUGCCACUUCUGUGUGUGUUCAGAAGAGUUUCCAUAGACUGAAAGUUUUCAGAGUUCCCAAUUGGGCCACUUUAUCCUACACCGAGAUCAUCGACUUCCUGCAGCUGAAAGUCGUUCCUGUCCUGAAGGAGAAACUGUGGAGCUUGAGGACCGAGGAGGCACAGCAGGAAAUGCGGGAGGCGGUGCAGCAGGAGUCCAGCUACCUCCUCUCUGAGAUCUUCACCUCAGAGGAUGAGUGCAUGGAGGUGGACAACAGUUAACCAACCUCCACUCAAUCAGGACUUAGACGUGGAGUCGAAAACCACCCGUGACACAAAGAGCACAGACCUGCUGGCUCCACCUCUGCUUCACUGGUCUUGGUCUCACCUGACUGACUCGUUUUGUUCCAGAUGGAAAGCUGUGACUUUUAAUUUGAUGGUCCUGAUGAAUUGAUUAUCCGGCCAUCAGAUGUUUCAUGUUUUAUGUUUCAUUUUUUAAUGAAAUUAGUCUUUUCAUGUC